AUGUGUGCGUCACAAUUGGAGGAGUUACGAGGGAUGCGCCCUGGUCCAGCAUCCGAGCCGGACAGCCCACGCAUAGUCGGGGAAGACACACCAACGGACUGCGAAAACCUAGAGACAUGGUACCGCAUUCAACGGACAAUUCGAAACACAGCUGAAGCUCCAGAGACUGGUUCUGAUACGAGAGAAACGCGAUCCGAAGCUUACAGGAUCUCGAGGACUGAAAUAAUCAAGUGUCCUGUUGGGUUAGAACUUCUAGCGAACUGGCUGCGAAUAGAUCAGGAGGCUUCAGACAAGGAGAAAAGAAAGGUGCUUAUUGGAGAAUUACAGGAGAGUUAUCUCAACGAACGCUCUCAUGUUCGCGCUCUUGCUGCCCAACAAGGCCGGUCAUUGGAUGAGAUCCACGCCUGGUUUAUGAAUAAGGUACGGGACUUGGAGGCGAUUAGCUUCGACGAAGGGCUGGGCCGGAAAGCUACAUAA